UAAAGGCAUUUCGCCCUUCCCUUUAAGACGCGCCGCCCCUUCUCAGUCACUCCCAAGAUGGCGGACCUACUGGGCUCCAUCCUGAGCUCCAUGGAGAAGCCACCCAGCCUCGGGGACCAGGAGUCUCGGCGCAAGGCCCGAGAGCAGGCUGCCCGCCUGAAGAAGCUACAGGAACAAGAAAAACAACAGAAGGUGGAGUUUCGUAAAAGGAUGGAGAAAGAGGUGUCCGAUUUCAUCCAAGACAGCAGGCAGAUCAAGAAAAAGUUUCAGCCGAUGACCAAGAUCGAGAGGAGCAUCCUACACGAUGUGGUGGAGGUGGCUGGCCUGACGUCCUUCUCCUUCGGGGAAGAUGAUGAGUGUCGCUACGUCAUGAUCUUCAAGAAGGAGUUCGCGCCCUCAGAUGAAGAGCUGGAGUCCUACCGUCGCGGCGAGGAGUGGGACCCCCAGAAAGCCGAGGAGAAGCGCAAGCUGAAGGAGCUGGCCCAGCGGCAGGAGGAGGAGGCAGCCCAGCAGGGCCCCGUGGUGGUGAGCCCCGCCAGCGACUACAAAGACAAGUACAGCCACCUCAUCGGCAAGGGGGCGGCCAAGGACGCGGCCCACAUGCUACAGGCCAACAAGACCUAUGGCUGUGUGCCCGUGGCCAACAAGAGGGACACGCGCUCCAUCGAAGAGGCCAUGAACGAGAUCCGGGCCAAGAAGCGGCUGCGGCAGAGCGGGGAAGAGCUGCCACCGACGUCCUAGGCGCCCCAGCAACCGGGGCGGGCCGGGGACAGGGGGACAGGCUGCUGCUAUUAGGACCCAUCCUGGAGCCCCACCUCCGCACCGCCUCCCGUCCGCGGGCACCGGGCCGGGGAGGCGGGUAUGUGACUUGUCACUGUCCGAGCUCGGACCCUC